CAUGACCAUUAUCAGAACACAGGCUCACCGAGCAAUCGCGAGGGAGAGGCUGGGAAACCUCCAACGCUUUGUCUCCUUUUCGUUUCGCUUCUUCCCGCGAGAGUAAGAGCAAGAAGAGAUAUGAAAACCCUUUGCCUAUGCGAGGCCUUAACGGGACCAUUUCCCUCGCCAUUCAGUCAUAUCAAGUUAUGGAGGCCACCAAGCUUUGAGCUUUCGACUUCCUCGGCCUCUAAGUGGCGCUCUUGCUGUAAUUCUUUCAAGUAUGCAGAUCGAAGUCAUGAACAUAUAAAGGAAGAGAUUCGAUUAUCAGGGCACAUUCAUCUUUCUACUUCUGGAGAAAUGCAUGAUAUGAAGUUCGGAUGCGUUGACAGGAGUAAAUCUUUGAAUGUGAAGGAGAACAAAGUUGGAUACUUUUUAAUAGAUGAAAUUCGAGAUAUCAUAAAGAGGCACCAUAUGUGUGCUUCUCGUUCUUCAUUCCCAAAAUUUCAUGUUGGGUCAAAAAUGGCACUUCUUAUUGGUAUCCUCACUUUUCAAGCAUAUCAACAGGCUAUUGCUGCUACAGAAUUUACUCAUGGACAGCAAUCUGUUGCCUUCCUUGAGGAUCUGGGUGAUAUUAAUACAGGUUUUGCUUCAGCAUUCUUGCUGAUCUUUUUCUCUGAGCUAGGUGACAAAACCUUUUUUAUUGCUGCACUUUUAGCUGCUCGGAAUUCCGGUGCUGUUGUUUUUGCUGGUACAUUUGGAGCACUUGCGGCCAUGACUAUCGUAUCCGUUGUUCUUGGUCGCACAUUCCAUUAUGUUGAUGACAUCCUUCCAUUCAGGCUUGGUGGGACAGAUUUUCCAAUUGAUGAUUUUGCAGCUGUUUGUCUUUUGGUUUAUUUUGGUGUUACUACAUUGCUUGACGCUGCCUCAGGUGAUGAAUUGAAGAUAAAGGAUGAACAAGAAGAGGCAGAGUUAGCAAUUUCUGAGUUACGAGGCAAUGGAGCAGGAAUCACGGCUGCUGCCAGUACAGUGAUUAGCACUUUCUUCCUUGUCUUUGUUGCUGAAUGGGGUGAUAAAUCAUUUUUCUCGACAAUUGCGCUUGCUGCUGCUUCUUCACCUCUUGGUGUAAUAGGGGGAGCACUAGCUGGUCAUGCAUUUGCAACUUUGCUUGCAGUCUUAGGUGGCUCCUUGCUGGGAACAUAUGUCUCUGAGAAGGUCAUUGCAUAUAUUGGAGGAACUCUCUUUCUGGUAUUUGCUGGUGUUACAUUCAUUGAAAUCUUCAGUUAACUUGGUUUCAACUUUCUAGCUUGUCAUUCAAAUCAGCAAGCUCUUAUGAAAAGCAUAUGCAGGCUUUCAAUAGAACAAGCCCAAGCCUGAUGCCCAACAAAUCACAACAUUCUGUUUCAUUUAAAAAAGAAAUCACAAUCUGUGGAACUUUGAGGAGGUUCUUAAUAAAUGCUUAGCUAUUUUUCAAAAAAGGUUUUUUUUUUUUUUUUUUUUUUUUUUUUUUUUUUUUGUUCUUUGUAAAAUAUUUUUGACAACUGAUCAAAUUCAAGAAAAGAGAAAAUCAAGAUGGUUUUCAUGAACAAGUAGAAUGAUGAAACCUAGAAGAUACUUUCUCAUGCAAAAAUUGGAAUAAUUUAUUGCUUAAAUUAGGCUUUGUUUGGGA